AUGGACGUCACACCUCUUGACGAACAGAUCCCUGCGCCGGGCCAAUGGCCUGUUGAUCCUCAGGAAGAUGUACCCAUCUCCGAGGAUCGUAUUUGGGUUGAUGGAUGCUUUGACUUUAGCCAUCAUGGACAUGCCGGAGCUAUGCUUCAAGCUCGUCAACUCGGCAAGGCACUAUACGUGGGGAUUCACUCGGAUCAAGCAAUUCUGGAAAACAAGGGUCCAACAGUGAUGUCGUUGGAUGAACGAGUUGCAGCCGUUGAUGCCUGUCGGUGGGCCACCCAAAGCGUACCCCAUGCUCCCUACGUGACCUUUUUACCCUGGGUUUCUCAUUAUGGCUGUAAAUAUGUCGUCCACGGCGAUGAUAUUACAUCCGACAGCGAUGGCAAUGACUGCUAUCGAUAUGUCAAGGCAGCAGGUCGAUUCAAGGUCGUUAAACGAACCCCUGGUAUUUCUACGACGGACCUGGUUGGCCGGAUGCUUCUGUGUACCAAGAACCAUUUUGUUAAGUCUGUCAGAGGCACCCUCUCCGGAGAGGAUGGCUCGGGAAGCCCCGAGGAGCGCAAGGCCGCUGCAGCAGAACUUGUACAGAGGAUUCGAGACUAUGCGACAGAUGAGAGUGGCCUCCAACCUGGCCCUCAGGUUUGGACAUGGAUUGGAUCUGGGACAGCGAAGAUUGACCAUGAAGUCAGAGAAUCUGGGACCUUUGAAACCCUGGUGGAUGGAAAGGGCCCUAAGCCAGGUCAACGGGUGGUUUAUGUUGACGGGGGCUUUGACCUGUUCUCAUCUGGCCAUAUUGAAUUUUUGCGGAAGGUCAUGGAGAUGGAGGAAGCAGAGGGUCGUCGACGAGGUUGGUUUGAUCCGGAACAAAGAGAGAAGCGACUGCAGGAGCACAAUGAAGACUACGCUCCUGCAUAUAUCGUUGCCGGAAUUCAUGACGACGACGUGAUCAAUCACUGGAAGGGACUCAACUAUCCGAUCAUGAACAUCUUCGAGCGUGGCCUUUGUGUCCUUCAAUGCCGGUAUAUUCAUGCCGUAAUUUUCUCAGCACCUUUCACGCCAAGUCAGCCUUAUCUGGAGGCUCUACCACUCGGCGUACCUCACGUCGUUUACCAUGGACCCACAACGUUCAUCCCUCUUACAUAUGAUCCCUAUGACGCCCCAAAAAGGAUGGGAAUCUUCCAGGAGGUCGCACGACAUGCUUUCCAACAUGUCAAUGCAGGCGAGAUCGUUGGUCGCAUCCUGAAGAGCCGAGAAGCGUAUGAAGCACGACAAAGGGCCAAACUGGAAAAGGGCAUCGCUGAAGACUUAGUCAAGUCUCAGGAGCAAGCGUCAGCUUAG